CAUUGGCCGAACGGUUUACCCCCACAUGUGUACUCACAGGCUAUAUAGAAGACCCCGCGAGGAAUUUAAUCUUCAGAACUGAGAGUCAGUGUCACGGAAAUCUACCGAAAAGUAACUAAAAUGCAAUAUAACCAACACGUAUCGUUCUGCUUGAUCGCACUUGUCUUGGGACAAGUCGCGACAUUACCGCAACAUUCUCAAUACACGUUGCAAUACCCGCAACAGUAUCAACAACAACAGGUCAGAGAGGAGAGAAAAUUCGCUGAGAAACCGAAUGCGAUGAAAAAAGUGGCGAUCGACGAUCUCGAGGAUAUUAGUACUAAUCAAAUUCAGGAAGGUAGCAGCAGCGGUUUCUCAUGGUCUAAUAUGUUAGGAAUGCUGAUGCAAAUGCUGCUAGGUCAGACCGGAGGUGUAGCCGGACCCAGCAAAAAUGAGAUAGAUGAUGGCACGACUGUGAGUCCAUGGACCAAUCUGCUUUCCGUGGGUCUAAGGGUCCUCACGGCACUGCUGGGCGGACCCCAACAACCGGUGGAUGGUAUUGACAAAGUGGACAAUCAAAGUAGUCCCAUGCAGGAAAUUUUGACUGCGGUGCUGGGCGCGUUUCUAGGACAGGGCAGAGAUCCCGAACAAGUUGCUGUAAUGGCGAAAAAUGCUUCUGAGUUCAUCAGUAUAGUCAUCAAUCUACUGGACGCCCUGAAAACAUCAUUCUCUCAUCGUUCUCUGACGGCUCGCUCACUCGGAAGACGCGACACUGUUUCCGAAGCUGCUAUAGCGUCAAUCUCUAUGCUAAAGGGCUACAUGAGAUCCGUCAAGUCCUUUAGUUACGUAGGUCGUGCGGAGGAGGAGGGACAGCGUGGAUGCGCCGAGAGGGCACUUUGUGAGGCUAGUGCGGAAUGUAUCGCCGAUACGCAAGGUCCAUCGUCGAUUUUCUGCCAACUUGGAUCGUACGCAACGAGUUAUUUCCUGCAGAGGCAGAGCGGCGUCGGCUUUGAGGCCUUAUACGAGGCAGGACGACGUGGUCGCACAGGCGAGGAUUGCAGAACUCUUUUUAUGGAUUGCAACGCUGUAUAAGGCGAGUUUAAUCCCCACAGCGUUCUGUCGAACGUAACUUAGAUUCCGCGGGAUUACGGAUUCUCUUUGCCGAUCAAAAUUAAUUUGAAGACUUCUCGUACAACCUGUACAUUCUAUGCUUUAUCUUCCGAUGGAGAACAAUGUGGAACUACUCGAAGCUAUUUGUAUACAUUACAGACAACUAAAUAAUAUAAUAUGAAGGUUUAAUAAUUAUCUGAGAAAUGCCUAAAAACGUCAUAGUUGGGUCUUUUAUAGGACCUAAUUUUCGAGCAUUCCGGAUAUUAUUUUCGUCAAGCAUUCGAAUGACAUGUAUUUUCAACGGAGUUUCCGACGUCCUAUGGCUUAAAUCAUGUUAAAACAAAAGUAUAUAGAGUUUUAAUCAACAUAUUCAUAGGUGUGCACCGAGCCGGGAUUCGCAUCGAAUCUUGCUAGCUCGUCAGCUCGGCUCGAGCUCACGGUUGAACAUUUCUUCAGAUAAAAAAUUCGCGUAAGUGUGUACACAUGCUCAAUAAUGCAGAUUUAUUUAACAUUAAUCUGCGAUCCCAAUGUCGCGAACAAACAAGGCACACUUGAUGCUUUAAUCCCGCUUAUCUCGAGAACAAUUAGAUUAAAUUUUUUGAUCGAACAAGUUUAAACAAGUUUGCUAAUCUCUUUAUGAAUUAGCUUCUAAUAAUACACUUUGAUCAAGUUUUAUCUACUAAAGUUUCUCUUGUUUUCUUCCUAUUUGUCACGUUAAAGGUGCCAAUUUCAUGCAGCGAAGGAAAGCUGGCUUUUUAUCCCUAUUCCACCACAAUCAAAGCAGCGUUCAAAAGCUAUUCGCUUUUCUCCUGCUUCCUUUUCAUGGAGCGUAUCUUCGCUAGCUUUAAUUUUCGGAUAUAUUGCCAAAAAAUUAUCAGCCAUGAUCGUUAAAAACACACUUGAUCACACUUAAUGACACUUAAUGACACUUAAUUCAAUAUAAAAUAAAAUAUAUUUACGAUAAUAUUUAUAUCGCUAUAUUCUACAAAUGAAUACCAUAUAUGACAUGAUAUGUCAUGCAUUUCAGCUUUUAGCGAUGUUUCGCUAUCAAUUGAACAAUAUCAAACUUUGAGCGUAACUUCGCUGUAUACGAAAAUUGAUGGAGUGGGGGUAAAACGCCAGCUUUUAUUAGUUGCAUGAAAUGGUACCUUAAGAGUUGUACGUAUAUCUUUUAUUUACGUAUCGCCGAGUUUCGAUUAUACAAUUAUACGACUAUAUUUAUUUUUAUUUAUUGUGCGUGUUAAACGUAGAUGUAGUAUUUGUGGUUGGGACUCGGUGCGAGUUCUAAUCGUUCUAGUAUUUUGACGACGAUGACUAUUAUGUGCAACAGGCAGUUUAUAUACGAGUACAUAUAAAAUUGUUGAUAUAUUUUAAGUUUGCGA